UUUCAUUUCAAUUUGCUGAAAUAUUGGUACUCCUCCUAGACACCCCACCUCAAGUAUAUCCAGGGGUCCGUGCUUGCCCAACUUUCUAUUUUGUAUUGCUUUAAUAUAGGAGUUAUGAGAUUGGUCACUGUUCGUUUUCUCCACCUUUCAUGUGUCAUUUUGUGCUGCCUCUUCCCGCCUGUCAUUUUGUCAUUUCAGCUUAGUGUCGUGAAUAAGUAAACUUGUCCCUUCCGUGCCAUUCCUAACUCGUCAUUCGUCAACUUCCCAUAUUUAUGUAGCAUUAUUCCAUUAUCACCUGCAUAUGGUGUUUAUAUCUCAAUUGAUUCGAUACGAAAGAGCUUGUUCUACGUAUGAUCAGUUUCUACAUCGAGGCAGGCUACUGAAAAAUAAGUUGAACUGGACGACUCUGUGGUGUCUUUUAAUGUGUCAUUAUAUAGCGAUGAAUUACAAAACGAGUUCUAGUUUUGCUCCGCUUUAAUUAUUUUUAGGAUAUUUUACGGCUCUGAGUCUUUGGUAAUACUUUCGAUUUCCUCCUUUAAAGAGUUAUCGCUCUUUGAUCGUUCUUCGAUAUAAGGAGAGAGAAACCGCGUAAGUCUCGCGAGAUUUUCGGGACAAACAGUUGUCAAAGACGCUACAGUUGUCAAAGACGCUAUGCCUGCGCGACAUUGCAUUGCUGUCGGUUGUACUGCUGAUAGUAGAACGUCAAGCAACGAUGUCAGUUUUUACCAGCUACCCAAGGUGGAGAGUGAAUUGAAGAAGUGGCUGCGUUUGGUGAGGAGAGAGGGAUUGUCUGUAGACAGUAAAGCCGAUAAUCGGCAUUACGUCGUCUGCUCCAAGCAUUUUAUCGAUGGAAAACCAACUCUAAAUAACCCCUAUCCCACUAUGUUUGCCUAUAAUAAUUAUAAAAUGGCUACACCAAGAAAAACAAAGAACUCCCACUUAGGCAGAAAAAGCAGCGAAACUCAAGAACAUUCAGAAAACAAAAGAAUCAAAAUUGUGAAAUGCGAUUCAUCCACGGACAAAAGUAAGAUAUGCUACCCGUAUGUUGCAGGAGAAAUAGACAUUCCAUUAACAAUUGACAACAACAACAACGAGAUUCAAACAGAUGUUGUUCAAUGCCAAACUUUGCACCAUGACCAUUCCUACAUAUGCUGUAAUCCUGAGAUGAAGUAUUGUAGAGAGCAAGACCUUAUAGAAAGAAUAAGACUUUUAGAGGUUAAAUGCGGAGAACUUGAAGUAGAAAACAAAGAACUGAGAAAAGAGAAUGAAAUCCUAAAAUCCCGUGAAGUUGAUUUCCGGAAGGAACUUCUCAACAAAGUACUUCAAGAUGACAAAAACAUCAAGCAUUUUCUAGGGUUACCCUCUCUUAGUUUUCUUACAUUCUUUUUGCAAUUCCUUGCAGUAUUUUAUGACAAGGUUUCAUUUUGGAAAGGGGCUGGGAGGUCAGGAUCCAAGAAAUGGCAAGAAAAACAGCAAAAUAAACCAGGUAGACAGAGAAAACUAUCUAUGAAAGAGGAAUUUGUUAUAGUAAUGUUGAAAUUAAGACUGGGAUUAGAUAAUUCAACUCUUGCUGUACUAUUUGGUGUUUCUGUUGGACAUGUUUCAACCCUCUUUAGCACCUGGAUAAAUUUUUUAGCUCAAAUUCUAGACUCUGUAGUUAAGUGGCCAGCAAGUGAAAAGGUCAGGAAACACAUGCCAUUAUCAUUUAAACUCAAGUAUCCCAAAACAACUUCAAUAAUUGACUGUACAGAAGUCUUCAUCCAAAAACCCAAAAAUUGUUCAGCUCAAGCAAGCACAUGGAGUAAUUACAAGUCUCAUAACACCCUUAAAGCUCUGGUUGCUAUACAGCCCAAUGGGGCCUUUACUUUUGUAUCAAAAUUCUGGAGUGGCAAUAUCAGUGACAGAAAAAUUACAAUUGAGAGCAAAUAUCUUAAUCACAUUUCUCCAGGGGAUGAGGUGAUGGCCGACAGGGGAUUCCAGAUACGAGACCUUCUUACUUUGAAAGGUGCAUACUUGAACAUGCCACCUUUUACACAUGAAAAAAGAAAUGGCAAAGGAAGGGUGCUAACUUCAAAGCAAAUUCUUGAGACUCGCAAGAUUGCUUCACUUCGUAUUCAUGUGGAGCGAGCUAUUAGAAGACUAAAAUCUUUCAAAAUGUUGGGAGGAAUUCUACCCCUUAACAUGAAAAAUUUGUCAUCUGCAAUGUUGAGAGUAGCUGCAGCUUUUUGUAACUUUCUGCCACCUUUGUCAAAGAAAUUUAAAUAGAACAUUGUUUAUCAUGUGACACUAUAUAUAUUAAAACAAUAUUAGCUCUAAAUCUCAAAAUUUUAAGUUGUACAGUUGUAAAAAUAUAUUAUUUUAAUAGUUUUGUCUGUAAUUUCUACUUCAUGUAUUAUUCUUGGUAAAAUUGAAACUAAGUCAAAAUAAAGAUCCUGGUUCUAUUGAAUAUGUAGCUUUGACAUUAAACAAAAUUUUGUAUGGGGAGACAAUAAAGUAAUUUUGUU